AUGGCUGUCACGAAUUCCGAAAGAGUACCAGCAACCAUGUUUGCGUGGAGAAAACACAAAGGAAGUCCGAAGCCGGUUUUUGAAGAAGUGCCCGUUCCCAAAGUGUCCCCAAAUGGCAUUCUUUGUAAGAUGCUGGCAUCUGGAGUUUGUAGAAGCGACCAUUCUCUCCUUACGAUAGAAAAGCAAGCAUCUUGGUUCCAGGAAAAGUAUAUUCUAGGCCACGAAGGUUGCGGACAGAUUAUUGAAAUGGGUAGCAAUGUUCAGGACAAUGGACUGAAAGUGGGAGAUAUUGUGGCUCUUCAUGCGGUGCCAGGCUGUGCACAAGACGACUGCCCCGAAUGUUCCCGCGAUCUGGCUCAACUGUGUGAAAGAGGCCAUCACUCAGGGAUUGGCCAAGAUGGCUUCUACGCACCAUAUACUGCCGUCGAUAUCCGAGCUGCGGUCAAAGUUCCAGAAGGCGUCAGCCCAGCAGAAGCUGCUGUGGCCACUGACGCUGUGAAUACAGCCUUUCACGCCAUCACUAGGAGAGGAGAAGUCAAAAAGCAUGAGACUGUAUUUCUGUUCGGUCUUGGUGGACUUGGUUUCAAUGCUCUCCAGAUUGUGCAUUACAUUGGGGCAAGAGUGAUAGUUUCCGAUAUUCGACAAGAACUGCUUGAUGAAGCCAAAGCUCUGGGUAUACCCGAGAAAGAUAUCGUUCCAGUGGGAAAGCCUCCCCAGGACUUCAUCAAAGAGAAUGGUCUGCAAGGAAAGAUCGACACCGUUCUUGAUUUUGUUGGUACUCAUCAGACAUUCGAAGAUGCUCAGCAUAUCGUUCGUCGUGGCGGUAAGCUUCUCUGCAUCGGCAGUCUUGACACGGAAAACACUAUUCACAUGAAGAUUGGCACCAGAAAGAGACUUUCUUUCAUCUUCUCUUACGGAGGUCAAGUCCGAGAUCUGGAGAAAGUUCUUGAGCUCAUUGCUGCUGGUCAUAUUAGUCCACGAGUUGAAACCAGAAAGCUACCAGAUUUUGAGGAAGUUCUUGGGGCCUUGGGCGAAGGAAAGAUUAAGGCGAGAGUAGCGUUGUUACAUGAAUAG